AUGCUGGUAUUCGGCGUCGCCUCUUCUACAGGCUGGGUCUUAAAUCCGUUGCUUCUUGGAGAAAACGCCACACACAAGCAACUGCCACUGGUGGCGUGGUACGGGUUGGAAACGAGCGACAGUCCUAUUUACGAGAUGCUGUACGUGUCGCAAUGCCUCGUUAUUUUCUACUGCUUCCUCGCCAGCUGGGGACUAGAUCUGUUUCUUGCCUCUGUUAUGAUACACAUUGCAGCUCUGCUGAAGAUUGUUUGUAUUCGUUUUUCUCUCGUGACUGCUAGAACAAAUUACAGCAACCCUAGCACUCAGGUGUACCAGCGAAACAGAACACCUACAGCUCCAGAAGAUAACCACGAAAUGGUUAUGAUGGAAGGAACUAGGACUGAAUACAUGCAUCAGCAGUGUGUAAAUUGUAUUCAGGACCACCAGCGUGUCAUAGCGUACGUAUUUAACUCAAGUAACUGUCGUAAAUCUGAUUACUUUUUACUGCAGAUUAUUAACACUGGAUGUCUUUUCAGAUUUGUAAGAGAUCUGGAGGAAAUAGCCACCAACGGUCUGCUAUGGGCCUCAAAAUUUGCCACUUACCUGCUAAUGCUUGUUUUCCAAAUAUUUAUUUACUGCUGGUGCGCGCACGAUAUCAUGGAACAGGGCCAGCUGGUGGCGGACGCGGCGCUGUCUGCGGGCUGGCCGGACGCUCCGCCCACCGUGCAGAGGGCGCUGCUGUUCGUGGCGGUGCGCGCCCAGAGACGGCUGGCCAUCACCGCCGGCCGGCUGCAGCCCGUCACCAGGGACUCCUUCCUGGCGGAGUUGCUUGAAGUCGACGAUAUUCAUGAUGCGUUUAGUAAGUGA